AUGGGUCUUCUCAAAACCGGAAUUGUUCUCUACGGAGCCCACCUUGCAGCCAAAAAGAUAUACGGCGAGAAGAAGGAGAGCUCGGCUGAGAACUCCUGGUGCCAGAGACCUCAAGCACCACCCUCAGAAAUCCCUCAAGCAGCGCAAAAUCUUCAGAGCGCUCUACCAAACUAUGCACCAGCAAGCAACGUUCAAGCCCCUUAUCAACCACACCAACAAUGGCCAGAGAAGGCUGCGAUUGAGGCGGAACUUGCGCCGAAGCAAUGUACCUGCGGGGCAGCACAGGCCAACCAGGCCAAUUCGUUCACCAAGCAAUGA